UUCAGGGGAUCACUUAAAAGUGCUCGGAUGGGAAACUUAGGAUGCUUUCGGGUCUAGUUAUCAACUGAGGCGGCAAGUACAGGCCUCAAUCACUCAGACCUAGAGGUGUCUAAUUCACGUGUCCUUUACUCCCGGGUUCUCCAAUUUGUUUCCUUACUCCUUAGAUCAUUGAUGAAGUAAGCGUAGAAAAUGGGGCCCCGGCUUUUUAAAAAUGUGCUCCAAGUAGCGAAGCCUAACACGAAAGUCGUGGGGAUAAAGUACGUUGGCGAUAAUGGAGUCCUGGUCCUUUAAGAGUACGUGCCAAGGGGUGGAGUCUAGAACGGAAGUUGUAAAUCAGGGCCGAGGUCCGGCUGUUGAAGGGCGGAAGUAGAGUGUCCAAUGCUGCAAUCAUGGCGCAGGAGGAGGAAGAUGUUAGAGAUUACAAUUUGACUGAGGAGCAGAAGGCGACCAAGGCCAAGUAUCCUCCAGUCAAUCAGAAGUACGAGUAUUUGGAUCAUACAGCGGAUGUCCAGUUACACGCAUGGGGAGACACUCUGGAGGAAGCAUUCGAACAAUGUGCAAUGGCCAUGUUUGGUUACAUGACAGAUACUGGGACUGUGGAGCCCCUCCAGACAGUAGAAGUAGAAACCGAAGGAGAUGACUUACAGUCUCUUCUGUUUCACUUUUUGAAUGAGUGGCUUUAUAAGUUCAGUGCUGAUGGAUUCUUCAUACCCCGGGAAGUGAAAGUACUUAAUAUUGAUCAGACAAAUUUCAAAUUGCGGUCAAUUGGGUGGGGAGAAGAAUUCUCAUUGUCCAAGCACCCUCAGGGAACUGAAGUCAAAGCAAUAACAUAUUCAGCAAUGCAGGUCUAUAGUGAAGAGAAUCCAGAGGUUUUUGUGAUUAUUGACAUUUAAGAUACCAAAAAAAGACUCCUAUGAAGAACUUCCUUUUGAGAAGAUACCACAAUAUAAAUUCUACAAUCUGACGAUAUAUGGAGAUUUGCAGAACAAAUUUUUAACUUACAGUGUGACUUUUAGAAACGGAAAAUCAAGGCACAUCCUUGGUGUGUGUUAAGGAAAUAUUCAAACGUUAAAGAAUUCUUUAGGUGGCAAGUAUGGCUCCUCGUUUAUUAAUUCGCUGCUGUAGCAGCAGGUGCCUCACACCUUCCCAAUGGAAUGCCUUCCCUCCAGCGUGAUCCCAAAAGGAAUCAUUGAUGUUAGCAGCAGCCCGAGAGACUCUGAAGCCUCCAUGCUAUUAUUGAAUACAGUUUGGGGGGAAAAUUGUAAUUUGAGAAAUCCUACAAUCAGGUUUUUGCUUUUCCUCCAAAAUGGUUAAGACACAUUAUUUUGUAUAUGUAUAUUGAGAGGUUGUGGAACAGUGUCAUCCUGUAUUCCAGUUGGUAUCCUUAAAAGGAAUAAUUAUAGUUGAACAAUUGGAAGACUCCUCUAGAAAGAGCCCUGGUUUUCUAUUUCACUUUUUUAAAGGACUGGUGUAUUGGCAAUUUCCUUUUUUCCCAUAAGACAAAUUCAGUAUCCUUACAAAUGGGCCUUUUAAACAUGUAAUUUUACAUUAAAGCCAGUAUAUUUAUACUGUUAGUGAAGGAAAAUUUUUCUUUAAUUUGAUUUUUAAAAAUUACCUAAGUUCUUCAUUUCUAAGGAGAUGGGAGACCAGGAAAACAACUUUAAAAUGCUCUGCACUUUUCAAAGUAGUUAACUUUGAAAAAAUGAAACUGCUUUGGUUUGAUUUGCAACAUUAUUCUAUUGUGAGGUGUUUUUUCUUGUGAUACAAGAGUUUGCUAAGUUGCUAUUUAUUCACACGUACAAGAAUGCCACUGGGUGGUGCCAAAUAUCAUUGUAGUGGGCUGAAGUUGACCUAAAAGGAGGAGAUUGUGAGUUUUGGAAGUGCUCUCUGAGCACUGCAUUAUUUUUCUCUGAGUAUUUAACAGGAAGUAGGGGUAUUGAAGACUAGGCCAAGAGCCUGUGGUUUGAAUAUGCAACAGGAUCACUGGGGUAGUGCUUCUUAACCUUUAACCUCAGGCACAUUUGGUAAAUUUGAAUUGUGGCUCUCCAAGCAAAAAAUGGAAAAAAUGUCUAGAAGAACCAAUUUACGUUUUGUUAGGAUGAGUUUCUAGGCUGAGAUGGGCUCUUUUUUUCAUGGACCACUUUGUACAUCAUGGGCUACUUGGGGUGGUGAAAAUGAACAAGGGGAUAACAUGAGGGCAGUGGAAGAGCCAAAUCAGAAGGAGAGGGGCCCUUGGGAUGUACUAAGGCGAGUCGGGUAUAAACUUGACCAGGAGAAAAAGCAUGGCCAUGUCUCUUACCAUCAGUGCUAUAUGUUGGGGUUCAGUAAAAACAAGUCAGAUGUAAUUAUCCAAUACAAGUUAUGUUUUUUGUAUUUUUUUUAAAAGUUUGUUUUAAAAUAAGUCAAAAUAAAGAUCCUGGGUAGAAGGAAAA